ACACAACGUUCAGAAAUAACACGUCCACACGUGACUGUCAAAAAGUGUUGCCAUAUGAGCAAUAUACGAGUGUUGCCAUAAAAAUCUACGCCGGCUGCUUGUUUUGAUUGUUUAUUGUUAAGAAAACCGCUGAAAAUCAUGAAUGACGAGGAAAUCAUAAAGCAACGACUUCUUAUUGAUGGCGAUGGUACUGGCGAGGAUCGCAGGUUGAACGUGCUGCUGAAGCAAUUUCUGAAGUGGGCUAAUUCCAAGAACGACACUCCAGAAAAUAAUCAAAUAAUGUACGAUCGUCUGAUGGUACAGUUUUCGCAGUGCCAAUUUGCGGCGUUGAAAAACGUUCAGACGCUUAAAAUGAUUCAGGAGGAGAAUGGAAACUACAGUAAGCUGGCAGAGAAACAUAAGGAAAGCAUUGAAAUAGCCAAGGAGGAAAUCGAAGCCAGCAAAAAGGAACUGAUCACAGCCAAGGAGAUACGUAAAAACAAAAUGGAGUAUGACAACCUUGCCUCGCUCAUUGAGAAACAGCCGGAUCGCAAGACCACCGAAAAGCAGAUAGAAGUCAUCAAAAAGACAAUCGACAAGUUGUCACAGAAGAAACUGAAGAUGGAGCACAAAUUUAAUAAGCGUCGCAAUGAUUUUACUUUGCUGAUGUAUACAAUACAUGAAUUGGAGCAACAGCUGGAAGAAGAAAACAGUUGUGGCUCAUCGUCUGCAUCAAGUUGCAGCGAUGUUGCAUCUGAGCAAGAUUUAAAUGAUAAUAAUGGCAUUAUGGAAGUUAGUGAUGAGGAGGACGAUGAGCUUAACAACAGCAGCCCCACCAAAUUUGAAAGUAUUCGCGGCAAGAUAAACGAAAACUCCACCUCAACGGAAAGCCCCAAGGAACUUAAUGCCAUGUCUGUAGACGAAGAUACUGUGCUGGAGUUGAGCAUUGAAAAAGACGACCAUGAUGACGUCACAGUCGCAAGUUAGAGAUCCAAUGUACAAAAUAUGUAUUAAUAAAAAAAAUGCUAUGCAUAUACAAGUUCACUAUAACAAAA